CUAAAGUUGUUACAUUGCACCAAGUUUUAAUUGUUCCUAGUUUGACCGCCUGAUUCCCUUAUACGCUUCACAUCACACUUGGCUCAAUUCAUCCUCAAGCUAAACACUGAUCUAACGAAAGUCAGACGAUAAUCUCUAUGGCUGUUCAGGAGUCUAAUUGUGCCGUAGAUGAUCAAGUAGAUGACGAAAAUUGUGGUCCAUUGCUUAUACAAAAGUUAGAAUCGGCUGGGAUUGCUGCUGCUGACGUUAAAAAGCUUCGAGAGGCAGGCUUUCAUACUGUUGAAAGUAUCCAGUUUGUUCCAAAGAAAACUUUGCUGGCAGUAAAAGGGAUUAGCGAAGCUAAAGCUGACAAAAUUAUAGAAGCUGCUCAAAAGUUAGUCCCGUUUGGAUUUACAACUGCCACUGAAUUUCACCAAAAACGGUCGGAAAUUAUCCAGUUAACCACUGGCUCCAAAGAGUUAGAUAAACUGUUACAAGGUGGUAUUGAAACUGGAUCAAUCACGGAGUUGUUUGGAGAGUUCCGAACUGGAAAAACACAAAUAUGUCAUACUUUAGCCGUAACUUGUCAGUUACCCAUUGAUAUGGGUGGUGGUGAGGGGAAAUGUUUAUAUAUUGAUACGGAAGGCACUUUUCGUCCUGAACGUUUGCUAGCAGUUGCAGAAAGAUAUGGUUUAUCUGGUAGCGAUGUCCUAGACAAUGUGGCUUAUGCAAGAGCCUAUAAUACUGAUCACCAAAUGGAAUUACUUAUUAACGCAGCGGCUAUGAUGAGUGAGUCAAGAUAUGCGUUAUUAAUUGUUGAUAGCGCCACAGCUCUUUAUCGUACUGAUUAUUCUGGUCGUGGAGAACUGUCAGCACGUCAAAUGCAUUUGGCUAGAUUUUUGCGUACAUUAUUACGACUGGCUGAUGAAUUUGGUGUGGCUGUGGUUAUUACUAAUCAGGUAGUCGCUCAAGUUGACGGUGCUGCUAUGUUCUCUGCUGAUCCUAAGAAACCUAUUGGUGGAAAUAUAAUGGGUCAUGCUUCAACUACUCGAAGUGAUGUUAACGAGUAUCGACGAAACAGAAUGUGUUAUCAAGUUUUCUAGUAUCGAUUUAUCUAAUAUACUUGGCUAACAUUAGUCGCUUACAUAUGGACUCACAUGCUACGUAACAACAAGAUUUAUAAAUUAGCUUUGUUGUUGAAUAUGAUAUGCUUCAAUUAAUGAAAAUCUGUGUAUGGUGCGUCGUUUGUUGAUAAUAGAGAAUGAAGUUGUAAAUUCAUUGGCUAAUUGCAUGAUCGUCAUUUGCACUUUUAGUCAGUAGUCUGUCAUCUGAUAAGUAACUUGAUUGUCAUAUUUUUAUACGUAAAUGCUUUGUUUACCUUCACACCAUAUUCAGUCAUUCAAUUCCCUUUUUUAGUAACCGCCUUGUUCAGGUAUCCGUCCGUUUUGCACAUUAUAAUGUAGCCAUCUCAGUCAUUUAUGAUGUUUUAACGCCAAUCGGUUUAAAAGUUUUCUUACUGUUGUAUCAAUAAUAAUAAACACAUUUUUGUAACAUCCCAGUGAGUAGAAAAAUCAUAUUUACGACGUUUUGUGGCUCAAUGUAAGUCACGUCUUCAGAGUAAAUAAAUGAAGUGGCCUACAUUAAGUCACGAAACAUCAGAAAUACAAAUUUUCUACUGAUCGGGAUAUGACAAAAAUAUAUUUAAUAUUAACUUUCUAUCCAAUGUUCAGUUUAUUUGAAACUAUCAAGUCAAAAUUUGGCAUUGGUACCUACAAUUUUUGUAUUACUGUUCAUCAUAUGUACAAUUAUUUCUUUCGAAAAAAAUGCAACCUCUUUUCAGAUUAUAUCUCAGAAAAGGUCGUGGAGAAACUAGAAUCUGUAAAAUAUAUGACAGUCCUUGUUUACCGGAAGCUGAAGCUAUGUACGCUAUUCUUGCCGACGGUAUAGGUGAUGCAAAAGAUUAACGAAGUUUUGUAACAAAACCAACCUACCAAUUUGAGUGCAAAGAGUUCAAUUAAAGUUGAACAUUUUUCACAAGACAGUUCCGUUAAAAUUCUGAAUGUUGUAAAUAUGUGACCAUAGUUAUUCUGUUGACACGUUGUUUUCUUUUCUGUAACAUUAAUGCUUCCUAUGAAAACAUUUAGUUUACUUUUGUAGGAGGAAGAGAUUUUAUAUACAUUGAUUUAUUGAUAAAAAUUUUCAAGUCUUUUGAUUUAUAGUUUUCAAAGUUUGUUGUAUUUCGCUUAAAUUGUAAGAGUAGUAAUCUGUUUUUAGGUCAGCACAGUAAAUACAUUCUUGCGUUGAAUGCAUAAUAACAGAUAUGGAUUCCACAACUAGUUGACGUAUUUAUUCCUAUACAAGUGACUGUGGUGUCUUACUUUACGCAACUGGUGUCUGCAAAGGACUGUCUAAUAUGUACGAUUGGUCACUGAGUAAUGACCUAUAUAAUGUGUGUCAGGUCUUUAGUGCAUGGCUAAUUCCAUCGAUUUAUCUCCCAGGGAACACCAGUUCUCCCAAAGUCGCAGGUUCACCUUACUGACGAUCACCGAAUAACAUAAAACCUAUCCCCAGUGUUCCCUGUCGACUGCGUCCAACCACCACCUUACAACUGUCUAAUGUCCUGUAGCAGUAUAUUAAUCCCUAAAAUAAAUAGUCCUGUGAGUUCCCAACAUUUAUGGUGACCUCAUUAGUUUUACUGAACUCACCUGGCUGAAGGCGCUCAGUCACUGAUCCUCACCAGAUCACGAGUGAGUACGCCGUGCCACACAUCUUUUACAACCGUCAGCCAGCUUACAUUAAACGCUUCCCGAUAUAUCGAUAGCCUUUCAAAUAUAUCUCUAAACCUCUUCAUUUCUGAAUUGACUAUGUUGGUAUACUUGGAUUGUAAAGGUGUUACUUGUAAGGGCGUUGUCAAACUCCGAAUACGUGCGACACCUUUAGUCUCGUGAUAAGUAAUAACUCGGUCAGUAAUGAGUGGUAAUCGAUGUCAUUUUUUC